CCGAACCUCGGGACCACUUCCGGAAGAGAAAGGUGCUCCUGCUCUAAGCAGACGGAUUUAAACUGGAUUUCCUCAAUGUGGUGCUCUCCAGCCAUGUUGGAGCCAACUUCCCUCACCCCCGUUUUAUAGGGAGAAAGGGGGUAGAACACAUUUUCCUCCACCUGGCAAUCUCUGAUAAUUGUGAAAGCACAUGAAUGGCAGACACUUCUUGGUUGCCUCUGUCAUUUCUAUCCAGAACUGCAGCUUUGUGUAUCCAGCAUGCCACAGUUGCUUUUCCAAGCUCUCCCUGCAAUUCAGAAGAUACAGUUGCCGGAAGUGUGGUUGUUCAGGUGACACCAAAGAAGCAAACUACAGAUAUCGACUUUUGCUGGAAGUAGCUGACACAAGCGAUAUUUUUGAGGUCACAGUAUUUGGAAGCUGCUUAGAUACCUAUUUUGGAGUUACAGCAAAGGGCCUGCAAAGGUACAUCGAAGAACUGAACCGAGAAGCCGGAGAGCUAGAAAACGAUGCUGUGCUGGGUGUGGUAUUUCGUGCAGUUGAAACUUGCUUUGUGGGGAAGAAGUUUGUCUUCAGAAUUAAGGAUUCUGACAAGCCAGAUGUGGUUAGUGUAUUGCAAAAUGGCUGCCAAAUUGAGAGAAACACCAAAGCUUUCAUUGCCUGUGAAAUGUUCGUACCACACCCUGGGCUUGUGGGCUGCACCAUUAUCCACUAUAUUGAGCAGCAGCGAUGUUCCCAUUUUAAGCACAGCCAGAGGGGUUUAUGGCCUCCUGAUCAUGUCGUGGCAUUUGAUCAUCCAAGUAGGGAAUUAAAGAGUCUGAGUGUCUCUAAUGCUUUGGACCUGGUUCAAUCAAGUCAUAGAAAUGAUUUUUCAAGCAUCUGGCCUUGCUCGUUCAGACUAACUUGGUCGUCCACUUCAUCAGAAACUACAGAACAUUCCGCAGCUUUCAUUUCAUGCCGAGCUACCUCGGAUAAGCAAAAAUGUGAAGUUGGAUCUAUCGCUUCACAUAGCCAGUUGGUUUACAAUCUCAGGGACCAAAACUUGACACAGAAUAAGGGAUAUGCACAUGAAGGUAAGAAGCCUCAUUUGUGUUCUUCUCCACGAAGUAUCACCACAAAGAAUGAACUAAGACAUAGAUCUUCCAGAAAAAGAAAAGAUGGCAAUGUACUAGAAAGCCCCUUAGCAUUAGAACAAAAAGAUUCUUCUAGCAAAAUUAACAUCCACUCCAGCUACAGGCUAGGAAAUCCAUGGAACCCUUUGCCUCACCAGAGACAUAAGGAACACCCUGCUUCUUCUUCUUCUGCUUAUGCUACAGGCGGUGUGGCCUCUCAAGAAGCCUCAUCUGAAAGCUUAAUUGAAUUUCUUGCCAGACUUGAAAACAACGGUGCCACUGUUGAUCUGCCAAAUAUUCAAGAACAGCAUUUUGCAUCAGGGGUCUGUGAAAAGUCAGGUGAAGAUAAAAAGAAUGAGCUGCUCCCGGAAGAACAAGACUAUUAUCUCAGGGGAAAUGAUGCCUGCUGCUUCCCACUGGUUGGCUCCAGCUGCCCCAAGGCUAGCUUUGAUGCUUCCGCAGAUCUCUUUGGCCUGAGUGCCAGGGAGUCAACAAAAGCCACCCUAGCCAUGUUACGUUUGCCCCAAAUAGUCUCACCGUUGGCAGGUGCUCUGACCCCAAACUGUAUAACAUCAGAAUUCAUGCCAAGUGAGGUAAACACUAGUUGGAGUUCUCAUUAUGGGUUAUUCUUACAUGAUGCCCUGGAUGUUUCUGCCCCCAAAACGAGUACUCCAAUUGCUGGAUCAACAUUCAAGUCAGAACACAGCCUUGUGGGUACCCUGGACUUUGCGCCUGAUUCCCAUACCAUUCCCCUUGCCAGGCCUUGUCAUCAAGACAGCUUCCCUGCAGGGAAAGAAUCCAUUCUGACUGAAUUGCCACUGAAUAAAUUGCCUUGGGACAAGGCCAAGUGUAAGAGGUCUAGGCUCCCCUUUAAAAACUCUUUAGUAAAACAGCUUGUCAGCAAGUUCCCACCAUCUGCAAGGUCAAGCAAUGCAGACGCUGGCAUGGUCGAUCCAUGCGGACCUCGGCAGUUAUUCAUGAAUCGCAUCUUGGCCAAAGAGCUUCUGCCUGAAGAUGAUGGCGAAGGAUGGAUUCCUUCAUCGGAGAAAACCCAAGUGCUGGAUGUAAAAAUGGGGAGAAGGAAGAGGAGGAAAAGCCUAAUCAGGCAUAAUAGCAAUUGCCAAGUUACAGAGAAUUCUCCUCUUUCUGAAAACCAAGGAAGGUCCUUGAUUCCAAGAAAUCUUUCCAGAUUAGCUAAGGGAGGAUUCCCUCCUACAAGGCAGCAACCAGCAGAAGCUAACAUUGGGUUCCAGCCUGUCUGUCAACAGAGAACAAUGCUGGGCCAGCUAGACCCUGAAUCACCUGACAUGCCACCUUUUGUAGGCACCAGCAGGUCCAACCUGCUUCCCACACCAUCCCCCAUGCCUCAUGUUGCAGACUGGUCUUCUGAACUCUUUUCUGGUAAUGACCAGCUGCCCAACAUGGAGGCCACUACGUCAAAACCAUCCUCUUGAAGGCACGUUUCAUUUUGAAAUACGACUUUUUGGUCACAGUUGUAUCUUUAGCAGAAUUUCAUUAAUUGUAGAUUUGGGGCAGGGUGGGCAGCAAAUUGUCUUUUUAAAAUUUAUAUAGCCAGGUUGCUCAUAUUCCUUUUGGUCAUUUUAAGGAAUGGAUUGUAUCUAAUAGAGCAUAAAGUGACUCUUUCCUAGAAAAUUAAACACCAUUGUGUCUCCUUG